GAGCUAUCGAUGUUCCUAUCGACCGACUUCGGAAUCGAUGUUCAUUAUCAUACCUUCGUUUCUUUGUCUUAAAUGCCCUGUCAUUGUUCUCCUCAUUCACUGUCUACCAGAGGAAUAAACCUAUUACGAGACAGAAGUGAGACGAGCAGUGUUCCCGAGCGAUACAUGGUGUUCCCCGGGAGACUUAGUACUGCGUGCUACCGUUGUCGCCGGCGCAAAGUCAAGUGUGACGCGACGAGGCCAUCAUGUCGGCGCUGCAUGAUAUACGGCAAAGAAUGUACCGGUUACCCUUCUUCCUUCGCAUUUCGCACGUACAAACCGACCGGUCAAGAAGGAGACUCUUCGCAGGGUAGUGCUCUGUUAAAAUGCAAAGACAACACAAUGCAACGACGCUUGGAAGGAGAAGUCGAUCGAGUAGGAGGGUCAAAUGGCCCUGCAAGCACAAGUUCAGUGCCUCAUUCUCCUGUUCUGUGCUUGGAGUGGCAGUCCCUCUGUUACUUCUUCCAUCAACACGUACUACAAGUCGCAAGGUCUCCAUGUGAAGGUCACCUGGCUUUUUUUCCUGAGUUGUAUCAGGAGAGAGGUGACGAUCCUUGUUUGAGAAAUGCGAUCCUCAGCGUCUCGUAUCUCACUCUGUUCAAUACAUCUGGAGUCCAGCAGCUUCAAGUUCACGCCCGAAAGCAUUAUGGCGCUGCAUUAAAUUCGCUGAUUGCGACGCUGAAUUCUAAUGAACUAGCGUUGCGGGAUGAGGUUGUUGCUGCAUCGCUUUUCUUGAGCAUGUUUACAGACCUUAGCGGCGAAAGGGAGAGCAUACUGAAUCCCCACAUUCCUGGAAUCUCUUCUUUAAUGCAGUCUUGGGGCCGGACACAGCUGAGGAGCAAAUACGGCCGCAGGUUGUUUGGAUGGGCAGUGACACAAAUCCAAAUGCAAGCCAUGUUCAACAAACAAUACCGCUACACGGCGUUGCCGGAGUCAGUCAAGACUCAAUACAAUCCUGACAUUGUUUACCUCGCUGGAACCAUCGCGGGAAAAAUAUCCGAUUUCCACAACGCUGCAAGCGAAACACGACAAAUCCUCUGCUCUGCAAUACCCAGUCCAGAACCAGCGGAGAACUUAUUUUGCGCGCUGUUCAAAAAGGCGCAUUCUCUAUUUGAAGAUAUCGAUGUCUGGCAUAAAGGGAUCCCACGGCACUGGAGGUGCCAGUAUGAAGCUCCUGCUGCGGAAAAUAAUACCCCUGCGACGCCAGAAAAUGCGACACGUGACCCAUGGACGAGGUGUUUCCUGGCCUCUUCCCACGCAGCUCAGAUAUCUUUUUACUCACAUGUCAUAAAGUGCUAUGAUGACUUCCGCUCUUUCGGUCUAACACUAGCAGAUCCAAUUUUUAGAAAUAUCCCUGUCGAGUUGUUCAACAAUCUGGAUGGCCGUAUACGUUACUUGACUGAUCUGGUGUGUUCGACAGUGACCACUGCUCUGGGAAGCAUUGACAAGCAUGGCUACUUUCGAUUACUUCCGCACAGCAAAGUUGCAAACGGAUAUACGCUAUUAUGGCCGAUGUGGGUUGUGGCAAAUUGUGAGUUUUCGACAGCAGAGCAAGCUUCCCUCUGUCAGCAAGGCCUACAGUGCGUUGGUACAGCUAUGGGCUGCAAGUUAGCAUUGUCAUUGAGCCAAACAAGUGCCUCUAUAAUGCCGGAAUGAGUAUUCGAGAAGUGCCCAUCUCGUUAUUCAAUCUUGGGUUAUAUAGAGCCCCAACUAGCUGCGGACGGGCGGAAGCCUUGAAGUCAACAAUUGAAGAAGGCUAUGCCUAAUAGUGUCGCUAUCAUUCCGACAUCAAGGCGGAACAACUAGACAAGGGCGGCUUUGAUUAUAGCUC